AUGUGUGUUUUGCGACAAUGGCAAGAUGAAGCAAGAUAUGGGGCUAAGUCUCUCGCAGAUAAACUUCAGGAAGUCAUACUAUCUGAGCAAAAAACAAUCAAAGAGUUCACUUAUACUGUUUCUGGAGUACUAUGUUCUAGUGCUAGCAGUACAUCACGAAGUGAUAAUCUUCAGGAUCUAUUGGGAGACAAUGAAAAAUACACCAUAUAUAGAUUUAAAACGAGAUCUUGCACAUUUGUUGAUGGCCUUGGAGGCACUUUUGACGUGGAUAUUGAAGAUUUGGAAACAUCCAGAGCUGAUCCAUUUGCACCAUUUUCAGCAAAGAUUAUUGAUGGGAUUAACCAAAGUGAGGCUAGACGUACAACACUCAUGCUUUUUUGUUUUGUUCACAAGGAUGCUAAUGCAAAGGUAACUUAA